UAUCACACAGAAGAGAGGGCUCCUCAAGAAGAAAGUCAAAGUGCAAGUGAAUGGAGCGCAGCACUCUGAAGCAAACCCAGACAAAUGUAUAAAGGGUGAGAACUUUUUGUUUUGAUUUUGAAUUUUGAGGAGAAGAAGUUUCAUCGCGGUCAUGAAUAUCAAAGAUGAUGUCCCUGAAGAUGUGGUGGUGGACAUCCUUGCUAGACUUCCUGUCAAAUCGCUGCUGCGAUUCAGGAUGGUAUGCAAAGCUUGGUGUGAUAUUGUUCGAAACCCUAAUUUUAUAGCCACCCACCACCGGAAUCAGACCGCUCUCAACGACACUGGAGGCAGUUCCAGUGCCAGAUUCAUUGUGAACCAUGGUUCCCGAAGAGAGGUGCGUUUGUCUUUUCUUUCUUCUAUUGUCGAAGAUGAUGAUAAAGAAGAGGCGCUUACAGUAGUAGAAACAGUUCGCAAACCAUUCACCAACAACUUUCUUUUCGACCCAUUAGUUGUGGGUCCUUGUAAUGGCUUACUCUGUCUGUAUGAUUUUGAGGGAAAUGCUGCUCUAUGGAAUCCCGCUACUAGGGAAUUCAAGACACUACCUUUGUCCCCUAUGGAUCAUCCUCCUUUUGAGGAAAUAACCUCUUAUAGCCUUGUUGGGUUCGGCUUCGAUAGAAGAAGUAAUGAUUACAAGGUGCUGAGGUUUUUCAUCGAUGGUUACGUGGAGGACAUGUUCUGUAUAAGUCAAGCUGAAUUAUACUCUGUAAGUGGCGGUUCUUGGAAGGAGAUCCCUGUAAUUGAUGAUGUUAGGCUUGGUCCUGCUCCAUGGUUUAAGGCAUACAAUGAUGGAUUUUACUAUUGGUUGACUGAUGAAUUCAUCCUGUCAUUUGACAUGGCCAAUGAAGUGUUUGAUAAAUUGCCCCUGCCAGAUGAUUUUGGUCUUUCUUCGAGGCUUUACCAUCCAGAACUCACAAUCUUCCGUGGGUCUCUUGCUCUUGUGCUUUGCAUAGUUGAUAUUGGUCCAGUGCAAUGCUUGGAUAUAUGGUUGAUGUCUAAACAUGGAGUGAAGGAGUCUUGGGUUAAACAAGUGACUAUUGGACCCAUCUUAGAAGUUGAGAGACCCUUAGGAUUUUGGAAGAAUGGUAGAUUGCUUUUUGAAGAUUCUGAGGAGCGGCUAGUCCUGUACCAUCCGAAUGUCCAACAACUGAAGAAUCUUCAACUCCGUCGGGAAGGUUACACAUUCGAGGUUGUAGAUUAUGCUGAGAGUCUUGUUCCAAUAAGUGGUGGACUGGAGGAAGAGCCUUUUAUUCGUACAAGAAUUGGCAACAUUUAGAGAAAUAUGGACUUUGAACUCUGAAUGGAUGAAGAAAU